UUGUCUAUGGUAUCGUGGCCAUUUUUCUGAAAAAAGUGGGAAGUGGGGAAGGGAAAAAAGGUGAUACAUGUCAAAUUUUUCAAGGCUGUUCUGUGAUGAUUCCAUUUUUUUACCAACGUGAUAACAUUUGCGUUUAUUAAUUGUUAUUUUUAUGCGCACACGACGCCAGACUAUAUUGUGUAUUGAUGUGAAAUAACAUUCCUGUGGUGGCUGUCGGCACAGCGAACUUUAGUGUUUGUUAACAAAGGUUUUUUGGUGACAAGAUGGGUUAUUAUUGCACAGUGCCUCAAUGUACUUCGCUCGCCGGCAAGACUAAGAACGUGAAAUUCCACCGAUUCCCCCGAGACGUGACAAUGGCUGACAAAUGGAACUUGAUUUUGAAACGCGGCAAACCGUACACGAAGUAUUCAAAAGUUUGCAGUCUUCAUUUCACUCAGUCUGACUACAACGUCACUACAAUGGGUAAGACUAAAGGUCAGUGGAAAACGUUAAGCAAAGACGCAGUGCCCUCACAGAACCUGCCCAAGCUGAACGCUGAUGGCACUGUCAUGGUCAUCAGGAAGAGCCGCACAGUCAAGUACAGGGAGACCAAGAAAGAAGACAUCCAGAGUGACAAAUCGGACAAGUGGGGUAUGCCCAUCAGUCACAUUCACCGUACGAGUCAAAUCAUCAACAUGUCUGAGAGCGCGCUUUCCAACACAGAGUCGCCACAGUCCUUGGAAUCCGGUCUCGCUUACCGGCUACAGUCACUACACGCGAUCGCUGACAAUAUAUCACCGCAAAAUCAUGGCAUGAAACCAAAAAAACAAGACGCCAUUAUGCAAACCGAACCUGUACAGUCUGAAGAAGAUGACACACAGCCGAACAACAGUUGCAGCGAACCGUCAGAAGCCUUAGACUACCCAAUCGCUCAGUACAAAGACACAGAAUAUGAAAAUCCAAAGUCGUAUGAUGCACCGAAAGAUUAUACAAAAAAUGACGAUGACUACAUACCGCAGACGAACGAAGAGUACAAUAAGGAAGCUGAGAAAUAUGCACUUGAAAGGAAAUCGCACAACGGUUACGAUAAACCGGUAUUAGAUACUGUUUAUCAGAAACCGGUACCGGAAAACGGAUAUCAGAAGGUACAGGAUGUAUAUAAUUACGACAAAUAUCAGAGGACAGAUUUUACUGGAUAUCAAAAUGGUUAUCAAGAUAGUGUUGAAAUGUUAAGGAAUCAACAACAUAAUCUACAAAUGUUGCAAGAACAACACCGUAUAACCGGAAAUGAGAAUUUUUUUAAUGAGAAUCAUAUAAAACAAGAGAUAGACAUGAAUGUUGAGGAUGAUAAGUAUAUGUACGAAAGAUCCAAGGAACAAUUAGCAGAUGCGAAUUCACAAUACGAGAGUCAAAGACGGCUGACUCAGCAACAACGGUUGAUGGAACAAUUGCAACAUCAAGUCAAACAGGAGCCAGAUGCCAGUGGAGCUUGCGACAGUGUUCUACAACCUCAGGGCAGUCCGUACUACCCACCAGCUGUACACAACAAUUUACCAGGUGGGUUUUACGAGGGCGCGUCGAGGCCGGGCCCCGAGCUACUCAUUGCCAAGCAGAAUGCACUCGCAGCACACACGCAACUUUGGCAGAACACAAUGAAAAGACCAUUUUUCUACAGCGAGAGUCCGCCUUACAACACGCCGCAAAUACUACACAGAUAUGAGGACGUAUCUAGAAUCCUCCAGUGAUGAGGGACAUUCCAAAGGUGAUAAAAAAUAUAUAAAAAGAAGAAAAAAAUUCUCGACGAUAAUCUCUCAGCAUUUUAUAAUAAUAUAUUUUUAUUGUAUAAAUUAUAAAGAGUGUGUGCGGCCGCUGUGGAAUUAAACGUAUUGUUAUUAGUAAUUUUUAGCACAGUAUAGAUAUAUAAUUAUUUUUUCUUACUCUUUAAAUUCGCUACUUUAUUGAAAUUAACUAUGUCAUUCAAAAUAUACACAAAGAGAUAGUUUUAUAAAUAACUUAAGGUUUCAAAACAUUGCCAGUAAACCUGCUCUGACGGCAAUGUGACGAAUCUUUAAUACCAGAUGACUUCUUUACAUAUCCGUUUUGAUGUUAGUCACUAACAAAUUUUAUAAAUCUAGCAUUCGAUAUGGGGAACCCUAGAUAGUCAAGUGGUCCCCGUCUUAACUGUCUCUCUGUUAUUUUAUGUAAGUAUGUUUUAUAGUCGAAUUUACUUAUUUUUAUUACAUGAAAGCGGCCGCACACUCGCACCGCGCGGUCCCAGUUUCUGUUUCUGGGCCAACGCGGUGCGCUAUAUUAAAAUUGUACAAAUUACUAUAAAGAAAAUUUUGUGCUUUCAUUUUUUUCUUCAUUGUACAGAUUAAUUUUUAAUAAUAAUGUUAUAAUCGGUAACAAUAUUGUGUGCCGUAUAUAAAUAGUGAAAAAUAUUAGAAUAGUGUAAUUUGUUUUUUUAAAUGGCUAAUGCAAAUUAUUAUCUUCCUAUAUGCUUGCCCGAUACCUUAAAAUCAUGACCCGAUUAUAUAGGUGUUGAUCACUACGUAAUUAUGGGUAUAAUGCCUCUUUUUACCUAUUGGUAGACACUAAUAAAAUAAA